GAGCUAAUACAAACUUGUGACAGAGUUCUGCCUUUUUCCCGAUUUUCUAAUUUUAGGAAUAAUCCUUACCUUUUAAGUUGUGGGGUUGAAGUAAGACAGUGUAUGUGAAGCACUUAGCUCCGGUUUUACAAACAAUGCGUGAUUACGCCACCUUUUCCCAUUAAUACUCGGGCGUGUUCUUGCCGUUUUCCUCUCGGUAUCUCUGAGAGAUGCUUAGUACAUAAGAGGUGACGCUUUUCACAAGGACGUUAUGCAGUGUUAGCUGGGAUCGAUUUCUUUAUUCUGUAUCACGAAGUGCUGACAAUAUUUCGUCCUCCACCCCCCUGCCUUUUUUUUUCUUUUUUUCUUUUUUUGCCAUUUUUAGGGACAGCUGUUUUCCAGCUCUUCAGGAGAAAUGCAACAUCCUCUCUAAGACAGAUUAGCGUUCCAAAAGGUUUGGGAUACCUGACCAUUAUGGCACCAAGAAACUUCUUGUCUAUGAGAAGUAACUUUCUCUUUGGUUCAAGAUGUUGGAUGAUCCGAUUUUCAGCAGAAAUCCUCCUUAAAACAGUUUCAUUUAGGCUUUUUAGAGUGAAGUGUGGUAAUGCAGACAGGGAGUCUUUGGAGAAUGAAGAAUUACUGAAUAACUUACUUACAAUGGGAGUAGACAUUGACAUGGCGAAAAAACGACAGCCUGGAGUUUUUAAUAGGACGGGAACUAAAGAGCAGGACCUGAAGAUGUUCCUUCUGUCCAAAGGAGCUAGCAAAGAAGUGAUUGCUAGCAUUAUAUCAAGAUAUCCACGAGCCAUAACACGCACACCUGAAAGUCUUUCAGAACGGUGGGAUCUGUGGAGAAGAAUUAUGACAUCAGACCUUGAAAUUAUAAAUAUUUUGCAACGUUCUCCCGAAUCUUUUUUUCGGUCCAAUAAUAACCUAAACUUAGAGAAUAAUAUAAAGUUCCUGUAUUCAUUUGGAUUGACCCAUAAAUGCCUUUGUCGAUUAUUGACCAGUGCUCCACGUACCUUCUCCAACAGUCUAGAUCUGAAUAAACAGAUGAUUGAAUUUUUGCAAGAAGUCUGUUUGUCUUUGGGUCACAAUAAGCCCAGAGAUUUUGUUAGGAAGAUAAUUUUAAAAAACCCUUUCAUCUUAAUUCAGAGUACCAAACGGGUAAAAACUAACAUUGAGUUUUUACAGUCAACUUUCAACUUGAAUGGUGAGAAGCUGCUUGUUCUGCUCUCUGGUCCAGGAGCUAAAAUUCUAGACCUUUCCAAUGACUAUGUCAACAGAAACUACACAAAUAUCGAAGAGAAGCUGUUUUUUCUUGGGUGUACUAAAGAAGAGAUACACAAGUUUAUUUUACGCUAUCCAGAUGUGAUAUUCUUGGGAGAGAAAAAGUUUAAUGAUAAAAUAGACUGCCUCAUAGAAGAAAAAUUUAGCAUAUCACAAAUAAUUGAAAAUCCUCGGAUUUUGGAUUCAAGCAUAAAUACUUUAAAAAAUCGAAUCAAAGAAUUGGUAAAUGCUGGCUAUAACUUCAGUACAUCAAACAUCGCUCUUUUAUCUUGGAGUCAAAAAAGAUACAAUGCUAAGUUGAAAAAGUUAAACAUUGAAUAGAACAUUGUUCUGGGAAAUUAAAAAGUGUCAGUCUUAACAAUGUAGUGAUACUUCAUUUUGAAUUUGGGCCUUUCAAAAAGGAGAAUUUUGGUUUCUUAACCAUAUAUACAUAGAUAGUGAUCCUUUGGAUAUUUUAUUUUAAAGGUUUGUAAAAACUCAUGGUCAGUAUGUUCCAGUAUAGUCUUCCCAGCCAGCUACCUUUUCUCUAGUUUGAAUUAAUACAACAUCCGGUUAUAUGCUACAGGCUGUGACUGUCAUAUGAAUAGUAGUUCCUGAGUGCCAGAGUGGAACAAUAUAUAGAAAGAAAGUACAAAAUAAGUUUUUAUGGUUUCUGUUCAGAUUAAAAAAUCAACAGAUUCAUUUGGACAGUUCUGUUUCCUCUUGGGGUCUUGAAUUGCAAUUGAUUUUUCCUGUUACAGCCACAUAUCUAAUUGUGGUUCAUCUUCAAAAUAGAAUGGCAGUAAAAAUCUGACAAACCAAAAAGGAGGGCUUUUCAUCUCAAGUUCUGCAUUCUUCAUUUAAACCAUUAGUAUGUUCCUCUUUCCCUCCAAGGUAGGCUCAGUUUACUGUGGGUAUAUCCUGAUUUCUUUAAAGGCAAUGGCAACUAUGAUGGGCAGAAAAAUGGCCACCCAAAGAUGUCAGUGUCUUAAUUCCCAGAAUCUGAGUGUGUUCUGUUACACUGGAAGAGGAUUUUGCAGAUGUAAUUAAGUCAAGGACCUUAUGACAGGGAGAUUAUCCCAGAUUAUCUGUGUGGGCCCAGUGUUAUCAUAUGGGUCCUUAAAAUGGAAGAGGGAUGCGAUGUAAGGACUUGACCCUAUUUACUGGCUUUGAAGGAGGAAGGGACCAUGAACCGAGGAAUGCAGGUAGCCUCUAAGAAAAUGGGAAAGGCAAGGAAACAUUCUCCCCCUGGUGCCCCCAGAACGGAACACAGCCCUGCUGGGACCUUGAAUUUAGCCCACUGAAACUUGUCAAACUUCUGACCUACAGAACCAUAAGAGAAUAAAUUUGUGUUGUUUUAAGCCACUGAAUAUGUGACAAUUUGUUACAGCAGCAAAUAGGUGAAUAUAGCAACUAAAUAGUGAUUAGUUGCAUUAUAGGUGGAGGAGUCACAAUAUAUGGUUUAGUAUAUCUGUGUUUUUCCUCUUUUUUUUUUUUAAUUACCUGUUUUAUCUGCAUACCUUUCUGGAAUGACUAGCAAGUUGUUUGUAAAGACUUCUAAAUGUCUGUGUAAAAAAAUGAAAUGUAAGUAAUAAAAUCUAAAUAAAGGAAUAUUUUUACUUAGUGUAGUUUAAAGAAAUGGUUAUAGUUUCUGUAUUUUUUUUUUUAAAGAUUUUAUUUAUUGACAGAGAGACAGCGAAAGAAGGAACACAAGCAGGAGGAGUGGGAGAGGGAGAAGUAAGCUUCCCACUGAGCAGGGAGCCCAAUGUGGGGCUUGAUCCUAAAUGAUUCCUCAAAAAAACUUUCUCCUGCCACUGAUAGAAACAAAAUGCCUGUUUUUUCAAGGCCAUUUGAUGUCAGUGAUACUUAAACUUAUUGCCAGUACACUAUUUGAUGGCAAGCAUGGCAUGGUUAAGAAAACAUUGGCUUUAGAGAGACACUUCUUUGGAGUGAUGUAUCUGGGCAUCAUUCCUGACCAGCUCUGUGUGUGUAAAUAUUUCAAUUUCACUGAACUUGUAUUCUCAUCUGUAAGAUUAAAAAUUGACCUUGUCGCGCGCCUGGGUGGCUCAGUUGGUUAAGCGACUGCCUUCGGCUCAGGUCAUGAUCCUGGAGUCCUGGGAUCGAGUCCCGCGUCGGGCUCCCUGCUCGGCAGGGAGUCUGCUUCUCCCUCUGACCCUCCCCCCUCUCAUGUGCUCUCUCUCAUUCUCUCUCUUUCAAAUAAAUAAAUAAAAUCUUAAAAAAAAAAAAUUGACCUUGUCCAUUUGCAGUAAAUUCCCAUUGUCCUCCCCCUUCCCUAGCCCUAAGCAACCAAUGAUCUAUUUUUUAUCUCUCUAAAUUUGUUUAUUCUGGACAUUUCAAAUAAAUGGAGUCAUACAAUA